AUCGGGAAUGUCGAUAUCGUGGAAAACAGAGUUGAGUGUUUAGAUACUUUAUCUCGUUCAACAUCGGAUGACCAGCAGGGGGAUGGAAUCACGACGGCGGCUUCAUCCACGUGCCAGAGUGACACGAAAUCCCGCCCGACCCAAAACCCGAAAAGAUAUUGACCUCCACGAUGCAUGUGGGAAGGGGGACAUGGAGCGAGUGACACGCAUCUUGUAUGAGAGUCCGGUACGCAUUAACAAAAAAGGGCGGUACAGGUGGAUACCCGUGAUGUGGGCUGCGCACCAGGGACAGAGAGAAGUGUUUGACCUGCUUGUGAGUAAAGGAGGUGAUGUGUCACAGGUUGAUGAUGUUGGGGACAACAUCCUUCAUGUUGCCUGCUAUGGAGGACAUGUGGAGAUGGUGGAGCAUCUCCUCUCAAAGGACAUUGUGGACGUCAACACAAGGGGCCGGUACGGUUGGACACCUGCAAUGAGGGCUGCAUUUCAGGGACACACUGAAGUGUUUGACUUACUUGUGAGUAAAGGAGGUGAUAUAUCACGAGUGGAUGAUGCUGGAGAAAACAUCCUUCAUGUUGCAUCUUCUGGAGGACAUGUGGAAAUGGUGAAGCAUGUCCUUUCAAAGGAUGCCGUGGAUAUCAAUGGGAGAGGACGGCGCGGGAGGACAGCGGUGAUGAUGGCAGGAUACAUGGGGCAUGAGAAAGUGUUUGACUUGCUUGUGAACAAAGGAGCAGAUUUGACUCUAGUUGGUGAUAAUGGUGACACCAUCCUUCACUGGGCCAGUGUCAGUGGGAAUAUGGAGAUCGUGAAGCAGGUCCUCUCACCAGACAUUAUUGAUAUCAACGCCAGGGACAAGGACGGUCGGACAGCUUGCAUGGUAGCUGGAGACAGCAGUCCAAUGUAUUCCCUGCUUGUGUCACGAGGCUGUCACGUGAAGUAGGUCUUGUGUUGUGUACUGAGGUCUUUGGUAUUCUCGAUUGUGUCACGAGGCUGUCACGUGAAGUAGGUAUUGUGUUGUGUACUGAAGUCUUGUGUAUUCUCUGCUUGUGUCACGAGGCUGUAACGUGAAGUAGGUCUUGUGUUGUGUACUGAGGUUUUUGGUAUUCUCUGCUUGUGUCACGAGGCUGGCACGUGAAGUAGAUCUUGUGUUGUGUACUGAAGUCUUGUGUAUUCUCUGCUUGUGUCACGAGGGUAUCAGGGGAAGUACAUGUAGGUCUUGUGUUGUGUAGUGAAGUCUUUGGUAUUUUCUGCUUGUGUCACGAGGCUGUCACGUGAGGUAGGUCUUUUGUUGUGUACUGAGGUCUUUGGUAUUCUCUGCUUGUGUCACGAGGCUGUCACGUGAAGCAGGUCUUGUGUUGUGUACUGAGGUCUUGUGUAUUCUCUGCUUGUGUCACGAGGCUGUCACGUGAAGUAGGCCUUGUGUUGUGUACUGAGGUCUUUGGUAUUCUCUGCUUGUGUCACGAGGCUGUCACGUGAAGCAGGUCUUGUGUUGUGUACUGAGGUCUUUGGUAUUCUCUGCUUGUGUCACGAGGGUAUCACGUGAAGUAGGUCUUGUGUUGUGUACUGAGGACUUUGGUAUUCUCUGCUUGUGUCACAAGGCUGUCACGUGAAGUACAAAAUGUAGGUCUUGUGUUGUGUACUGAGGUCUUUGGUAUUCUCUGCUUGUGUCACGAGGCUGUCACGUGAAGUAGGUCUUGUGUUGUGUACUGAGGUCUUUUGUAUUCUCUGCUUGUGUCACGAGGGUAUCACGUGAAGUAGGUCUUGUGUUGUGUACUGAAGUCUUUGGUAUUCUCUGCUUGUGUCACAAGGCUGUCACGUGAAGUACAAAAUGUAGGUCUUGUGUUGUGUACUGAGGUCUUUGGUAUUCUCUGCUUGUGUCAAGAGGCUGUCACGUGAAGUAGGUCUUGUGUUGUGUAGUGAAGUCUUUGGUAUUCUCUGCUUGUGUCAAGAGGCUGUCACGUGAAAUAGGUCUUGUGUUGUGUACUGAGGUCUUUGGUAUUCUCUGCUUGUGUCACGAGGCUGUCACGUGAAGUAGGUCUUGUGUUGUGUACUGAAGUCUUUGGUAUUCUCUGCUUGUGUCACGAGGCUGUCACGUGAAGCAGGUCUUGUGUUGUGUAGUGAAGUCUUUGGUAUUCUCUGCUUAUUUCACGAGGGUAUCACGUGUAGUAGGCCCAGUGUUGUGUACAAAUACAUUUGUAUUUCUAUAAGUGUUAUUUUUGAUCUGCUUACCACAAAGCUGUCACGUCACGCAGGUCUAGUGUAUAUGCACACGUAAGCUUCAGUCAGUACCUAAAUAAUACCUUUUCUGGAUGCAUACGUGUUAGCAUACGUAAUGGGCGAUCUUUUUCAAUUUAUCUUCCCUUCACUAACCCGCUAGGUGCGCUUACCCGGACCGUCCAACCUUCAACUGACGGCGCGAUACGAGCACUACAUGUUACUAUGACGCCUAUAGACAGUUAACUAGUAUAACCUUCACCUUUAUCGGCAACGGUCACGCUUGUGUGCGGACAGCAUAUAUCAUCUUUUCGCCUAAACAAUGAUUUAUCUAUUGUCAUGCCCGGAAAUAAAUGUUCCUUGAUUUAAUGAU